AUGUUCCCUACCCAAUGCUUCAUCUGUCAAAAUUCAAACUCGCACAACACAAUAGACUGCGAACAAUUCAAAGGUUCAAAAACACGAUUAAGAUUGUUACAGUCACUUAAACUAUGCACGUAUUGCGUAAGACAUAAAUAUACUCCAGGGACGGUUUGCCCUUUGAUAAAUCUCAUAACGUGUGGAGUAAACAAUUGUAAGCAAUCACACAUUCCAAAACUUCAUUCUGAAUUUCACCCGGAAGAACCCAUUUCUACUCAAAAUUUCCUAUCAACUUCAAAUCAUAUUCCAAAACAAAUUAAUAAAAAACUAAAUCAAGAAACUGAGUCGGUAGCUCUUUCUACUGCCAUAGUUAAACUCCUUACUGAAGAAACUGGGGAAAUCCCGGUAAGAUGUCUCAUUGAUCAGUGCAGUCAAGCAUGUUAUAUAACAGAAAAUAUCAAAACAAAAAAUUGUUAA